GCCAGGGCUCAUCUGGCAAAAGGAAAGGUGUCUUUCCCAGAAGUGUUCAGAUAGGUGGCUCCAGGAGUUGGGGCGGGGCCUUGGGUGGAGCAGGUCCAGGCUGACUAGAGAGCUUGUUGAGGCUGGCAGGGCGACUGCCUGUGGAAGUUGCACAGACCAGAGCUUCAGGGCAGGGCAUGAGUUCCAGGACCGCCCCGCGGCUGAUGACGCUCCAGAGACACUUAGGCUGGCCGCAGGCUGGCAACAUGGCUACCGAGAGCAGUCCCCUGACUACUCACGUUCUAGACACUGCCUCAGGGCUCCCUGCCCAAGGCCUCUGCCUCCGGCUGUCCCGCCUGGAGGCCCCCUGCCAGCAGUGGAUGGAGCUGAGGACAAGCUACACAAACCUGGACGGUCGCUGUCCUGGGCUCCUGACACCAAGCCAGAUAAAGCCAGGCACCUAUAAGCUGUUCUUCGACACAGAGCGCUACUGGAAAGAGCGGGGUCAAGAGAGCUUUUACCCCUAUGUAGAGCCGGCAUGGCACCUGACCUCCUGCUGUCUGGAAGACCCAGGGGCUAUUGCAGGAAGGACUCACCAUCUUCAGUGUCUUCAAGAACCUUCUCUGCUUCUCACAGGUGGUUUUCACUAUUACAAAGGAGACCCAGAAGUUCCACGUACCUCUGCUGCUGAGCCCAUGGUCCUACACCACCUACCGGGGGAGUUAAAGUGAUGUGUUACCUGAAGAAAGCCAUCUAUCUGCCUGUUUCUUUCCCAGACUUAGCCACCCACACAAAUCAUGGGCUUUGUUCUCAUCAAAGGACAUGAAGUUGCUGCUUGCUGAAGAUAUUCUAGCUGCCCUGGAGUUUCAUAAUGGGAAGCUGUGACUUGGGUGUCAAUAAAGAGAGUUUCAACACCUGC